AUGCCGAUGCUCAAGGAUCCAUCAAAGAAAUACUCCCCUUUCCCACCGAUAAACUUACCUAACCGUAAGUGGCCAUCUGAGGUCAUCGCAAAGGCACCCAGAUGGUUAUCAACUGAUUUAAGAGAUGGAAAUCAGUCUUUACCCGAUCCUAUGUCAAUGGACGAGAAGAAAAUUUACUUUAAAAAGCUCGUCGAAGUAGGAUUUAAGGAGAUUGAAGUAGCUUUUCCCUCCGCAUCUCAAGUAGACUUUGAUUUUACCAGAUACGCCGUCGAGACGGCUCCCGAUGAUGUUUCGAUCCAAGUCUUGAGUCCCUGUAGGGAAGAUUUGAUCAGGAGAACUGUGGAAUCGAUGAAAGGAGCAAAGAGAGCUACUAUACACAUAUACUUAGCUGUUUCUGAAUGCUUCAGGAAUGUUGUGUUUGGAAUGACCAAGGAGCAAUCAUUAGACUUAGCCGUAAAAUGCACGAAGUUAGUCAGAUCACUUACCAAAGAUGAUCCAUCUCAAAGCGGAACUAUUUGGGACUUUGAAUUUUCCCCUGAGACUUUUUCUGAUACAGAUUUGGAAUUUUCUGUACAGAUUUGUGAAGCUGUAAAAGAAGCUUGGGAACCAUCCAGUGACAAGCCUAUUAUUAUAAAUUUGCCAGCAACCGUUGAAAUGGCCACUCCAAACGUUUAUGCUGAUCAAAUCGAAUAUUUUGCUACUCAUAUAUCAAAAAGAGAUACGGUAUGUAUUUCAUUACACCCUCAUAACGAUAGGGGAUGUGCUGUUGCUGCUGCAGAGUUAGGGCAAAUGGCUGGUGCUGACAGAAUUGAAGGCUGUUUAUUCGGAAAUGGAGAAAGGACUGGUAAUGUCGAUUUGGUGACGCUAGCUCUUAAUUUGUACACUCAAGGUGUUUCUCCUUAUUUAGAUUUCUCAGAUAUAACAUCUGUGAUUGAUAUUGUUGAAAGAUGCAAUAAGAUCCCUGUUCACGCAAGAACACCUUAUGGAGGAUCAUUGGUUGUAUGUGCUUUCUCAGGCUCGCAUCAGGAUGCAAUAAAGAAAGGUUUUGUUACUUAUGACAAGAAACUUAAGAACUCUGGCGGUAAAAAUAUUAAUUGGAAGUUGCCAUAUUUACCAUUGGAUCCUCAAGAUAUAGGCAGAACCUACGAAGCUAUUAUCAGAGUGAACUCGCAAUCUGGUAAGGGUGGUUCUGCUUGGGUUAUAUUGAGAAAUUUAGAAUUAGAUUUACCUAGGGGCUUGCAAGUUGCAUUUUCUAAGGUUGUCCAGAAGCAAGCAGAGUUGAAGUCAAGGGAACUUACCAAUGCAGAAUUGUGUGAUUUGUUUAAGAAGGAAUAUUUUAUUAAUUACGAGAAUGCCAUUCACCAAAGGUAUUCUUUGAUUGACUACUCUCUUUCAAGCACUCAGAAAGGUGUCAGAACUAUUGAAGUUGAACUUCAAAUCAAUGACAAGGCAACUAAAAUAAGCGGUAAAGGUAAUGGUCCUAUCUCGGCAUUUAUAGAUGCUUUGAAAGAGGACCUUAAAAUGGACCUUGUGGUCAAAAAUUAUCAUGAACAUUCUUUAGGCAAGGAUACGAAUGCAAAAGCUGCAACAUAUAUUGAGGUACAAACACCUACAGGCUCAACUCAAUGGGGAGUUGGUAUCCACGAAGAUGUGUCGCAAGCAUCAUUUUUAUCUUUAUUGUCUAUCCUAAACUCCUUACACAGAGAUAGCUCAAAAUAG